UAGGUCCAACCGGAUACGGAAAUCUUUCCCAGCGGUAACUUAACGCGGCUGGUCCCAACUUUUUGCAUCCUCGCACGCGAGGCAGGUGUUGACGUUGAACGGGCAUUUUCGGGUAAAAAGUUGACAUUUGCAGGAGGAAAAGUGUCGACGAGGCGGAUUUGUUAGUUUAUUGGUAAACAUGAGCGCGCUUUUCUUGACUUUGCUUGUUUUUGUCGGCUCGGCGGAGCUCCGGACCAACGUACGUCCGCCGCCCUCCACCGGGGCGGCGCACCUCGGCCGGGGCGAGCAAGCCGCGGCGGUCCCUCGGGGGCUCUUCCCCGGAUCGAGUCUAGACGAGGCUCGUCGCAGACGAGAAGACCCGAGCGGGUACUUCACGACCCCGCGGGUCACCAAGGGCACCACCGCGCUCGGGGCGAACUCCCCGUCUUCCCCGGGUCCGCCGCGGCCGCUCUUGCCCGUUUCCGGCGGCUCGUACUGGGCUUACGCGCUGCUGCUGCUGGCCCUGGCCCUCUUCUCGGUGGGCAUGGUGGGCAACCUGGCGCUCAUGUGCACCGUGUGGCACAACGUGUACCUCCAAAGCACCUGGAACUGCAUCCUGGCCGGGUUGGCCCUGCUGGACUUCCUGGUGCUCUUUUUCUGCCUGCCGGUGGUGGUCUUCCACGAGCUGACCUCGAGACGCCUGCUCGGGGGAGCGUCGUGCCGUCUGGUGCCCUACCUGGAGGUGACGUCUCUGGGCGUGGCCACGUUCAGCCUUUGCGCGCUGAGCAUCGACCGCUUCCACGCCGCCACGAGCCCCGCCCCCGGGCCCGGGCCGGAGUCCUGCCGCUCCAUCCUGUCCAAGAUGGCCGUGGUGUGGCUGGGCUCGCUGACGCUGGCCGCCCCCGAGCUGCUGCUGUGGCAGCUGAGGAGGGAACCCGUCGGGCCCGGGGGGUCCGCCUCGGCGGGGCUCCGGAUGUGGACCGACGCCCCGGCGGCGGACGUGUGCGCGCGGGAACCGGCGGCGGAGCUGCCCGACGGCGUCUACUCGCUGGUGCUGACCUACCGGGACGCUCGGACCUGGUGGAUGUUCGGCUGCUACGUCUGCCUGCCGCUGCUCUUCGCGCUGGCCUGCGAUCUGGCGACUAGACGGGUGUCGGCGCAGCGACCCGUCAAGGCGGCGAGCAGAUGCUCCUCCUCCUCCUCCGCUUCCUCUUGCGCGUCUUCAUCGCCGACAAAGAGGAAUAAACACGGCCGUCGCCACGGCGAUCCGAGGCUGGGCUCGACGGUGAUGUGGCUGACCUCCUUGUACGUGGCCUGCAACCUGCCCGACAGCGCGUGUAGCAUCGCCCUGGCGUACGCGGCGGAGCCGGCGGCGGCGGCCGCGGCGGCGACUGUGGCGGGACACUUCUUCCUGUUCGCCCGCUGCGCCGCCGCGCCCGUGCUGCUGCUGUGCUCGUGUCGCUCGCUCGGUCAGGCCUUUCUGGACUGCUGCUGCUGCUGCUGCGACGAGUGCCUACCCGACGCGGCCUCGUCCGCCGACGCGUCCUCGACCGCCGCCGCCUCCGCCCUGUCCUCGCCCUCCCCGACGUCCUUGACCGCUUUGCGAGCCGUCGGGACGCCCUGCUGAGGUCUUUCGAUCAGGUUUGGAACUCGGCACUUGGCCUUUAAAAGUAAAGUUUCGAGAUAGGAUUAGGGUUUCAAACAAGGGCUAGCGUUUGAAAUUAGUCUUUAAAUCGUGAAUACUGUUUCAAGUUAGGGGCUGGGUUCCAAGACUGGGUUCAAGAUUAAAGUUUUCACAACUGGGUUUGGGUUGUAAAUUCAAGUUUUGCGUCAAGGAUUGGGUUGCCAGUUAUGGUUUUAAAUUAGGACCAUUUUAGUGUUUAAAUGGGGAUUUAAAACAACCGCUAAAAUUUCGAAUGAGCCAUUCAAGCCGUGGAUAGAUUUCCAUGUUAGAGUUUUAAAUAAUUUGCGGGGUUUCAAAGCAACGAUAGCAUUUUUUUUAAUUAGGGUUUCAAACUGGUGUUAGGGGUUUCAUGGGAGGGUUUCAAACAAGGGUUAGGUAUUCAGUCUAAGGUUUCAAAACAGGGUUGAGGUUUUAAAUUUCAUCCUAGGUUUAGGAACAGUUGUAAAACCUGGGUUAGGGUUUCAGAUUACGAUUGUAAACCUGGAUUGAGGUUUCAAGAUUAGUUAGUUAAUCUAAAGUUUCAAAACACGCGAAGGGUUUUAAAGUAGGGUUUCAAGAAAGGUUCAGGUUUCAAGUUAGGAUUUUAAAGAAGGGUUAGGCCAGGGGUGUCAAACUCAUUUUUCUCCCUGGCCAGGUUGUAGUUCAGGUUUCCCUCAGAGGGCCGUUAUAACUGUGUAACCAUUAAAAUCUUAAACAGCCUCAUCAUUUUUACACAUGAAAUUUAUGAACCAGUUUAUGGAAUCAGAGAUCAAGGGCAGCGUAUUUUUCAACUAUUGUUCAUGUUUGGUAACACAAAAAUGCUUGUAAUAUCGCAAAUUGAUCAUUUAUCAUAUAUGACCAUUUUAAAUUUUGGUACAUAUUUUUACAAGAAUCGCAGAAAUGAAAACUAGAUUUGGCUUCGCGGGCCACAUAAAAUCAUGUGGCGGGCCGGAUCUGGCCCUCGGGCCUUGAGUUUCACACCUGUGGUUUAGGGUUUCAAAGUCAAGUUUGAAGCUUGGGUUAGGUUUCAAUAAAUGAGUAGGGUUUAAUUUUAGGGUUUCAAACUAGCAUUGUGGUAGCUGAGAUUUACUCGGCUUGUUGCCAUUGAGCAACAAACUGAACCUUGACCGCAUCAUAGUUAUUACAUCGUUACUAAUCGAUAAUAGCGAUCUGCAUUCUCAUAAACGUUUCAUAAUCAACGACGUCAUCGUACUCGUGAGCAUUUUCUGGUAAAAAGACAGCACAAACGUUGCUUUUAUGACAAGUUCUUCACACGACCUUUCGACUCGUUGUUUUUGUACUGCUUUUGUCACUUUGGAGUAAAAACUUUGA